ACACUUGGUGCAGUCAAAUGAAGCAGAUGUAAACUAUUUGAUUUUAAUUGUGUUUUCAAUUUAUUGUUUACACUAACUGACUGAGUAGGAAAAACGCUUAAUUGGAUUCGAUGAAGAAAAGACAAAGAAGCGAAAAAUCAUUUAAAGAUGCGUCUCAAAAAGCCGAUAGUCUAUAUUUUGACAGUUUUUUCAUUAUGUUUAAUCCUAAUGUACAUAAAAAAUAGACAUGUAGAAAUAGAUUCGGAGACAACAAAGAAAAAUGCAGUUCAAACAACUGUAUCGAAUUCAAACAAUACCGUGCCAAAUUCCGCUGAAAUCGUAAUUGUGGUUGUAUCAUGUGGAAUGCGACAACAAGAAACACUCAAUCUGUUGAAAUCGGCGAUAAUAUUCGGAUUUGAACAUCGGCUAAAAUUCGUUCUAAUGACUGAAGAUAAUUUGAUGGCUGGCUUCCGUGAAAAACUUGAAGACUGGUCCAGCAUUGCGAAAACUAAAUUUACAUUUGAAGUGCUUCCAUUGAUUUUCCCGAAAGGAAAUGAAGCCGAAUGGCGGACUCUGUUCAAACCAUGUGCAGCUCAACGGCUUUUCUUACCUGCCAUUUUAACCGACGUGGACUCGGUGUUGUAUCUAGACACAGACACAUUGUUCGUGUCACCCGUUGGCGAUGUGUGGAAGUAUUUCCGUGAUUUUAAUGCAACACAAAUAGCAGCUUUGUCACCGGAGCAUGAGGAUGCAAACGUUGGCUGGUACAAUCGUUUCUCAAGGCAUCCAUACUACGGAAAAUUGGGCGUUAACUCCGGUGUAAUGCUCAUGAAUCUCACACGAAUGCGUGAAUUCAAAUGGAAUUUGUACAUGUUGCCAUUGUAUAAAGAGUACAAAUUGAAAAUCACCUGGGGUGAUCAAGAUCUGAUAAAUAUUCUAUUCGCAUACUAUCCAGAUAAAUUGUAUGUCUUCCCGUGCCAGUUCAACUAUCGGCCGGAUCACUGUAUGUACAUGAGUGUUUGUGAUGCACCAAAUGGCAUUCAAAUCCUACAUGGCAAUCGUGGCUAUUUCCAUUCCGAGAAACAACCCGUUUUCAGUACAAUAUAUCGAUUGAUCGAAGAAUAUCAAUUGGGAACCGAUGUCUAUCGAAAUCUUGUGGCUCCGCUUGAAUCGGCAUUGUCCAGUGAAGAUAUACAGCACACAACUUGCGGCAAAAUUUCCGACAAAUUCCUGAAAAUGUUCAAGCAAACAUUUAAAGAAAAUAUAUUUUACUAUGAUUCCAGUUGACCAAUGUGUGUGACACAUUCCAAAAAUGACCACCGACACGGUGUCUUUUUUUAUACAUGUAACCGUUUUUACUAUUUGUAAUUUAUUAUCUCCAUUUCAUUGGGAUUGAUAUAAAACAAAAAAUUAACUUUAUAAAAUGUUUCAAACAUUAGAAUUAAGGUAAAAGGAAUGUCCUUUAAAAAAAAAAAGAAAAAUAAUAAUCAAAAGUAUCUUGAUUAAGGAAGGAUAUUUUUAACUGAAAACCCCUUUUGAACACCGUUUGUAUAUAAGUGUCAGCAUAGACUUCAAAAUGUGUGGUUAGGUUUAUACGUUUUCAUAUCAUAGGUAUUUAUAAUUUAGUUAUUAUACAACUGUACUUCAGUAUUGAUUGAAAUGUUGUAUUGUUCAAAGGACAACUGACUAUCAAUAAAAAAAAACCAUCCCACCUAUCAAGAAAAA